UUCAUUUAUCUUAUUGCAGGAAAGAAUUUUGGUAUUACUGAGUUCGUGAAUCCUAAGGACCAUGAAAAACCAAUACAGCAGGUUAUCAUUGACCUCACUGAUGGUGGCGUGGAUUACAGUUUUGAAUGUAUUGGAAAUGUCCAACUGAUGAGGGCUGCUUUGGAAUGCUGUCAUAAGGGCUGGGGGACAUCAGUUAUUGUCGGUGUGGCAGCUUCUGGGCAGGAGAUAUCAACCCGACCUUUCCAACUUGUGACGGGGCGUGUAUGGAAGGGAACUGCUUUUGGAGGCUUCAAGAGCCGCUCUCAAGUACCAUUGCUUGUUGAAAAAUACAUGCAUAAGGAAAUUAAAGUAGACGAAUAUGUCACUCACGAACUGACCCUGGCUGAGAUCAACAAGGCCUUUGAUCUGAUGCAUGAGGGAGGAUGCCUGCGCUGUGUGCUUGAAGUUCAUCCAUAAAAAUGGUUCAUCUCCUCAUGCCUACCAACCAUCUUCUGCAAUGGGAAAUCCUUAAAUUCAGUAUUGAUUUCUACUUUUUUGGCAGUCACCAUAAUCUGUCUUACUGCAGUGGCAAAUGCAAUGUUGCUAUAUUGAAACUAAGUGAAUAUAUAAUAAUUAAGAUGUUGGUAUCAUGAAUUGCUACAAUCAUCAGCAGUGACAGCACCUCUGCAUUGUUUUGCAUCUUUUAUGUUUGAUGUUUUUGUAUUGUGGGACUUCAAAAUCAUCAUAUGUGACAGGUUUUUCCUGUUAUUUUUAUGUUUUCUUC